ACUUUUAAACAAAACACAUUUGGCAUUAUCUAUAUAGGUACUUCGAGCGUGUGUGUGAAAUUUAAAAAAAAUAGUAAAUGUGACUAUGAAUGGAAACCUUUCUUUAAUAUUUUUAAUCUGUAUCAGUUAUGGUUCCCGCGCAAACGGGCGGUGGUUAAAACCGCGUUUAGAAAGUGAUGAAGUAUCUGAUGAUGUUGAUGAGUUUUAUGAGGCUAUACAACAAGUGAGCUCAACUGUUUCCAAAACGGUGACGAAGUUUUCCUGCAUGGCUGACGUUGAAGAAGCGGAACUCGUAGUGUACGGGACAAAAGCAUGGAGGUUCCCUGAGCAAGACAUCAACCUCACAUUGACCUACCCACCGGAAACUGGUGAUAACCACAGACAACCAUCUAGGAAAAUACCACUCCAUGCCUCCUUAGAGCAACAGAAUAUGCCUGAUUUCUAUUUCACUGAUGAGGCUAGUACCAAAGGUGGAGAGUAUAUGAUUACUGGCUUCACAGUGCUACUAUUCGUAAACAGUGUGGAGAGCAAGGGAUACAUCAACAGUGGUGGUAUUUUUGAGGACCACGUGAGUCUCACAUUCUUAUCUCCCAAAGUGAACAUGUUGUUCUACCAGUUUUGGCUGUAUGGAGUACCAGACCCGCCUUCUCUUGAUAAAACUUCACAUGUUGUCUAUGAUAUGUGCUGAUAUUUUUUGUUUUAUUUA